GAUACAUGCACCUUUAGUUGAGAAAGUAGUUAAAUCAAAUGGCGCUGGGCAUGAAUAGAGGACAAGAGGAAACGGGUGGAGACCUGAAGCCGUUUCGCACUUGGUGUCUCAAAUUGAGGGAGCCUGGUGCUUGCUUCUGGAGGCAUGUUGAAGGAAGACACCGGACGGAAGCAGCGGUCUUUCUGAAGAUCUCCGCGAGUGGUCCUUGGUUCUUCGACAACUCUUCUAAGUGUUCUAUGGACUCCUCUGUCAGAAAUCUUUUCGAGGAGCACCUGGUCGUGGCUGGUUAAUGGAUGAUUGACAGCUGCUCUUCCUGAACCCCAGGAUGCCUGUGGUGCCAGUGGGCGGGACAUCCUCUUCCCACCACGCCGUACCUGUCGCCCUCACCUGCUCCUGGCUGCUCCUGCUCUUCCACGCCGCCUUUGGUCAGAAACCCGCCAAGCUGCCUCUGAUUGGCCGGAAGCCCUUCAUCGCCGCCUGGAACGCCCCACUGGACAUGUGCACCAUCAAGUACAACAUCACCACCAACGCCGACCGCCUCUUCCACAUCCACGGGAGCCCGCGUGCUGAUUGGACGGGCCAGAACGUCACCAUCUUCUACGCCAACCGGCUGGGCUACUACCCCCACUACACGCCGCAGGGCGCUGCUGUGCACGGCGGCGUGCCGCAGAACUGCAGCCUGGACCAGCACCUGAUCAAAGCCUAUCAGGACAUCAACCACUUCAUCCCCUCAGAGGACUUCCGUGGCCUGGCCGUCAUCGACUGGGAGUUCUGGCGGCCUCAGUGGAGCCGGAACUGGCACAAGAAGGACAUCUACCGGCGCAAGUCGAAGGAGCUGACCGCCAAGGCGUACGUCAACGUGACGGCGGCACAGGUGGAGGAGCUGGCGCGGCGGCGGUUUGAGAAGAGCGCCAAGGCGUUCAUGCAGAGAACUAUCCAGCUGGGGACGCGCCUUCGCCCCAACGGCCUCUGGGGUUUCUACCUCUACCCCGACUGUCACAACUACAACCUGCAUGAGCAGAACUACACGGGCUUCUGCCCCUUGCUGGAGAGGCUGAGGAACGACGAGCUGCUGUGGCUGUGGAACAGCAGCACGGCGCUCUUCCCCUCCGUGGCGAUCCGGAAGAGUCACACCAACAGCAUCAGCAACCUGCACUUCUCCCGGCACAGGAUCCGGGAGUCGUUCCGCGUCGCCUCGCUGACCUCGAAGGAGUACGACCUCCCCACCUACGUGUACCUGAGGCUGGGCUACCGAGACGAGGCCCUGGCCUUCCUCACCAUGAAAGAUUUGAUCCACACGAUCGGGGAGAGUGCUGCUCUGGGAGCUGCAGGAUUCGUCAUCUGGGGGGACUUGAACCUGACCUCGUCCAGGCAUAACUGCACCAAGGUGAAAACCUUCCUGAGCCACCGCCUGGGUCAGUACAUCACCAACGUGACGCGGGCCGCUGAGGUCUGCAGUGACCACCUGUGCCAGAGUAACGGCCGCUGCGUCCGCCGGGACCCGCUCGCCCACCAUUACCUCCACCUGAGUGCCGACAGCUACCGCAUCCGGGCCUCCAGCGACGGGGACUUUGCCGUCACCGGGUGGCACUCGCAGCACGAGCUGCAGCUGCUGACCGAGAGGUUUCGCUGCCACUGCUACGAGGGCCACGAGGGCGAGCGCUGCGACAGCAUCAACCUGGUGAAGGAGGACGACGGGCCGCGGAGGGACGAGGACGAGGACGAGCAGGAGAGGCUGAGGACGGCGUGGGAGGACGAGCAAGGUGGGAGGAAAGGGCCAGAGGGGGAGAGCGAAGCGCCGCUGAACGGCUCCAGCUUACACCUGAUGUUGCUGAUGCUCCUGUUGAACUUAUCGUUACUGAAGACGGCCGUAUGACGCACCCUGACAAAAGGAGGGGUCAUUUUUCAACACACAGACAGAAUGAUGUUUUUCAUUUAAGUUGGAGACAGACCCAAUUCGAACCCAAAAUGUUAGCGUUUCAGCUGAUGUACCUCCAGCUACCUGUUUCAAAGACUUACCAAAUGUUGUUUAUUAUCAGUGAAUCCAAAAUUUUGGCCCGUUUCCAGACCACUCCCAGAAUCACUAACCAUAUCUCAGAUUUGAUCAGUGAUUCAAAUAGAUCUCCUGGCUGGAUCAUGGAUAAAACAUAAAUGCAUAAAGUCAGAAUGAUUAAUGAAGAAAAAUAGGCUGCUGAACAAAAAUACAGUCUGAAUGUCAGUCUUUACCACCAAAUAUCAUGUCUAGUUCCCAGAUCCCAAAGAAAAUUCUUUUAAACUGCUAAUUUACUCCAAUCAGGGAGGUGGGAGGAUUAAAAAUGUGUGUUUCAA